UCACCAGUUUGAUGAUAGGCAUCGUAGCGAUUGCAGUGUCUUCAUUGUGUUCCAUCAACGAUCAGAUACAUUCACUAUUCAGUACGCCUGCGUUUGUGUGAGUUAGACAACCCCAACAGCAAACAUGGCCGAAGUGGAAGAAAAACAAACCGAAGCCGCCAGCGGAGACGAGGCGCCCGAGAAGGGCUCCGCCAAGGAGAAGAAACCGAAAAAAGCCCGCAAAACCAAGGAAAACAAAGAGGGCUCAACCGAGAAGGCCGAUAAGGAGAAACCGAAAAAAUCCUACCGCAACGUGGACACCCCGAACAUGCACGACAUGAUAAUCGAGGCAUUGGACGUGCUGGACGAACGGAAGGGCGUCACGCUGCAGGCCAUCAAGCGUUACCUGGAGGACAACUAUCACGUCGACACGACCAAGCAGGCGUCCCACGUUCGCAAACUGCUGACCAAGUGCGUCGAGAAUGGGGACAUCGUCCGUACUCGGGGCCACGGUUGCAGCGGACGCUUCAAAGUGAAGCACAGCAAACCGACGAUGAUCAAGAAACGACGCGCACCCGAAGACUACCAGGAACUGCCCAAUCCGCCAAAGGCCAAGCCGAGGCCAAAGCCGGAGCCGGCCAAGAAGGAAACGGCCACCCCGAAAAAGGGAGCCUCCUCAGCCAAGAAAGUUAGCACUCCGGCGUCGGCUAAGGCCAAGUCCAAAGCGAGGGGACGCCCCGGAAGGAAGAAGUAAGCGGCAUCAGAGGCGACUUCUUCGACUGAAGGAGGCCAUUUUCUGUGAAACUACGGCGGGGACUGAACAACUGUGGCAACGGCGGCGGGCAGCCAUUGCAUUUUUCCAUACAUCAUCUCUCUUUCUAGUUCGGCACUUUGGGAUUGCCGAACGUGUAAAAAAGGAGCGUUCUAAAUCAGUCCUUUUCAGGACUACAGCGAUGGAUGUGAAAAAGAGUUAAAUGAAAUAAUUUUCCGGCUUUGGGUUUUCUGAUAUUGGAGGGUGUGUAAUAAAUUUGUUUAUAAUUUUAGAUGCGAAUCUACCUGGAGACUGGUUCAAGGAUUAACCGACAGAUGGCGAACUGGAGAAGCUUUAUUUGAUAGAGAAGCUUUCGCAGUCGACUUCGAAGGUGCUGCUGUAAACAAACUGGGUAGAAGAAAUGUUAUUGAUUCCAAUAGGAAUUCAAAAAACAUGGUUGUAAACUGUAAUUGAAAUUUGUUUAACAAUUUGAACUCUGGUUCAGUCUGCACCAGAUUCUUCAUAGUGAUAUCGUGUGUCAAUGUGCCUUGUACGAUUGCUGUACUUCUCUGAUUCCAGC